AUGGUAUUGCCCAGGUUCCUUAUUGUUGGCGCUAACGGCGCUGUUGGCCGCGAACUUCUGCACCAGCUUCUCGCUCUUUUCCCUCCCUCUCAAAUUCGAGUCUCGACCCGCAAUACAGCAACGGCAAAAUUUCCUCCUGGUGUGGAGGUUGUUCAGGCGGACCUUUCCGAUGUUACUUCCCAUCAUCGAUUGUUCGCUGGUGUGGAUCGUGCAUUCCUGUACUCAACUCCUGAAGCGCCGCUCCAGCAACUUUUCUUAACGGCGAAAGGCGAGGGAGUCCAUCACAUUGAGAAAACGGGGAAGCUUUGGAUGGUGUACCCGGAUGCACAAAGUGCCCCUGUAUCAGAAUCGGACAUAGCGGCGACUGCUGUUGUCGCUCUCACUACCGAUAAACUGGUCAAUCAAGCUAUCGGCGUAACAGGGCCUGCCCAGAUCAGCCACCGGGAGCAAAUUGAAGCCAUCAAUUGUCUUCGUCGAAUAGAGGGCAAGCAGCCCAUCGAAUUUGUUGUUGUUACCCCAGAGGAUUGGAAAUCGAAGACUUCCAACUUCAUUCCUGAAGACCUUCAGGAUCAGCUUCUUAAGUUCUGGGCCUUAGGAAACAAGAGACGACCGGCAUUGAAGCCUUCUGAGAAAGUCACAGGCAAGCCUUCGCAGUGCUUUGAAGAGUGGCUAGCAUGCAACAAGGCUGCUUUCCUCAAGUACUAA